CGAGCCCCCAGCCCAAAAGAAACCCAGACACUUCUUAACGAACUCCAACUAAGAAUCUUGUAUCAAUCCGGUCAAACAAGAAACUUCAAGAUUUUCAGGCUUACUUCUCGUUACGCGCAAUCUCGUCUACCCCCGCCCCGGCCACAAUCCUUUGUUCUUGGUUUUUUCUUCAAUCAUAAGCCGUAUAUAAGCACCUUGCUGACCUGGUAUCUAAUACAUAGUAUCACUCGAGAUACAACAGCGAGUAUUCCAUCAUCAUGAGCCAACCCAACGUUACCUCCAGCGAUAUGUUUGAGAUGCUUGCAUCGACUUAUGAGGCUGCAACUGGGGGCUGCACCCGCGAAGUCGCCAUGCACCUCAUCGACAUGUUGCCCGCGGUAGAUUCCAACUCCGAUGUGCUGGACAACGCAUGCGGAAAUGGUAUCGCUGCGCAAGAGCUUUUGUAUAGAUACCCAGACACUCCACUCAAGGCAGCCUGUGUCGAUAAUGCGAAACCGAUGGUCGAUCUAGCACGCCGCGCCCUUCCAGCUACAAUCUCCGCGGCAACUUUGUCCUUCGAGGUGAUGGAUGGAGUCAAUCUGACAUUCCCUGAGGAGACAUUUACACACUCCAUCACCAACAUGGGCAUCAUGUUCUUCCCUGAUGGAGAAAAAGGGGCAGCUGAGAUCUAUCGCACUCUCAAGCCAGGAGGCACCGCCGUCGUCACUACCUGGAAGUCUACAGGUCAUAUGGCUGUUGUACACGAAGCGCAGAAAGCCGUCAAGCCAGACGACCCCCUAUUCCGCUGGCCUGUUGCGGAUGAGUGGUUCGAAGCUUCGCAUAUGAAAAAGAUCAUGGAAGGCGCAGGAUUCAAAGACGUUGAAGUGCACGAGAAGACAGUAUAUUAUGCAUCGAAGACUGUGGAGGAGACUUGCGGCUACAUGCUUGGUAUGUGGAAGAACAUGGGACCGAAGUGGACCGAUGACGAGAACGAGGAGUUCGCGAAGCAGUUGAAUGUUGCUGGGAAGAAGGCAGCGGUGAAGAUCCAGAGGCCGUUGAAUGGGCAGAAGGGUGCGGAUGUGGUCGAGGUAGAGGGUUUUCCUUGUGUCGCGCUUGUCGCUGUUGCGAAAAAGUGAGAUGCACCAACAUUUGAGUUGCGUUACGAUAGCAUGUUCAACUAUAUAAGCUAUGCUGCUUUCAACAAGCCUUCUAUACAACGAUUCGCGUGCUGAUUCGAGUUCUUCCUGACGUGAUAAGACCCGAAGUGACUGCGCAAGCUCUACAACAGCGCAAUAUAGACGUGCACUAUAUGUAAUUAUAAACGAGGUCUUAAUAGUAUCCUGGUUGAUAUCAGAGUAUAAAAAGCAAGGUGCCCCUCUAUCUAGGUGGGGAAAGAGUGGGCGGGGCGGUACUAAAAGCUUGAACUUGGUAACCAGCGCUCCUAGGCACCCAAAACACCAAAAAAAAAGAUCCUGGAGUAUCUGACAAUGCCAGACGAAUGCUGAACAGAGUGGGACUCGAACCCACGCCACUUUCG